AUGUUAUCCAGAGCCUCUGCAUUGGCCAAAUGUAUGGCAACCGUUCAUCGUCGUGGGUUACUCACCAGUGGUGCACAAUCGCUAGUCUCCAAACCAGUCUCAGAAGGAGAUCCAGAGAUGUUUAACAUCUUGCAACAAGAACGUCACAGACAAAAGCACUCUAUCACCCUUAUCCCAUCAGAAAACUUUACUUCGAAGGCCGUCAUGGAUUUGCUAGGUUCUGAGUUGCAAAACAAGUACUCUGAAGGUUAUCCAGGUGAAAGAUACUACGGUGGUAAUGAAAUCAUCGAUAAGUCCGAAUCCUUGUGUCAAGCAAGAGCUCUGGAACUUUACGGGUUAGAUCCUGCCAAAUGGGGCGUUAACGUUCAACCAUUAAGCGGGGCACCUGCCAAUUUGUACGUUUACUCUGCUAUCAUGAACAUCGGUGAAAGAUUAAUGGGAUUGGAUUUGCCAGAUGGUGGUCACUUGUCUCACGGGUACCAACUGAAGUCAGGAACGCCAAUUUCUUUCAUUUCCAAGUACUUCCAAAGUAUGCCAUACCAUGUUGACCACACUACCGGGCUGAUCGAUUAUGAUAACUUGCAAAUGUUGGCCAAGGCAUUCAGACCAAAAGUGAUUGUUGCCGGUACUUCCGCGUACUCGAGAUUAAUAGAUUACGCUAGAUUUAAGGAAAUAUCUAAAGAAUGUGGCGCGUACUUGAUGAGUGAUAUGGCACAUAUUUCUGGUCUGGUGGCUGCCAAUGUUGUUCCAUCUCCUUUUGAACACUCUGAUAUUGUUACCACGACCACCCAUAAGUCCUUGAGGGGCCCAAGAGGUGCUAUGAUUUUCUUCAGAAAGGGUAUCAAAUCUGUCACCAAAAAGGGCAAAGAAAUCCCAUAUGAGUUGGAAAAGAAAAUCAACUUCUCCGUGUUCCCAGGACAUCAAGGUGGCCCUCAUAACCAUACUAUCGGUGCGAUGGCAGUAGCAUUGAAGCAAGCCAUGUCUCCUGAAUUCAAAGAAUACCAACAAAAAAUUGUCGAUAACAGCAAAUGGUUUGCUCAGGAACUAACCAGGAUGGGUUAUAAGUUGGUUUCUGGCGGUACCGAUAAUCACUUGAUUGUCAUUGACUUGUCUGGUACUCAAGUGGAUGGUGCCCGUGUGGAAACUAUCUUGAGCGCUUUGAAUAUCGCUGCUAAUAAGAACACCAUCCCAGGUGAUAAAAGUGCUCUCUUCCCCUCUGGUCUGAGAAUCGGUACUCCAGCAAUGACCACCAGAGGGUUUGGUCGUGAAGAGUUUUCUCAAGUCGCCAAGUACAUUGAUUCUGCUGUUAAGUUGGCUGAAAACUUGAAAACUUUGGAACCAACAACAAAACUAGAUGCAAGAUCAAGGCUCAAUGAGUUCAAGAAGUUGUGUAAUGAAUCUAGUGAAGUCGCUACCUUGUCUAAAGAAAUUUCCAACUGGGUGGGUCAAUAUCCUGUCCCAGGUGAUGCCUAA